GCAAAAAGUGCAACGUUAACACUUAAAGUGCAAUACUAAAAGUGCAAUGUCGCAAAAAAAACACGCAUAAAAGUGUUGCAAAACCACGGAAUAUCCGGAUCCUUACAUCUACUUGCCCCAACGCUGGGGAAGUUGACCCUAGUGACAAGACUGACUAGAAACAUCCAAUACCUCAAGUCAGCUGGUGUAUUCAUACAAUCUGCCUAGCACCUAAAUUUGCAAGUUUACAUAUUUGGCUAGCUGGCAGCUGGCUUAUGAGUCAGAGAUUCUCUCUCUUGUCAGCUGACACUUCCAGUUGCGGUCCUCGUGUUAUUUGGAGUCCGUCUGCUUGUCACUUGUCUGAAAUGUGUGCGCUUUCUGGAAGAAUGCGAUGUUAUAAGGUGAGGUGUUGAGCGAGUGCGUCGCCCCGCCCACUUAACCUGCGGGACGGUCACGUGGCACGGCGACGUUAUAACGGAAUCAAAGCUGGCGCGCUACCUGGCGCAGACUGUCAUAGCAUUACCCGUCGUCCAAUGGCACCAGUUCGGGUUAAUGUGAUUUGGGCUGCUGCUCUGUGAUUACCAGCAUCAAUUAUGGGCAGGACAAAAAUAGCGGCGCAGUUCCCAUAGCCCGGCAUCUGCUCGGCGCGAGGCGUGGAGACGGCAGUGACAGCGACGCCGUCCGUGCCGUACUGACCGUUCCUCCCGCCCGGCAGCUCGUCCGACGGCCGCCCCGCCGUGCCGACCGCCAGCCGCCCGCCCGCAGCUGACGUCAUGCGGCAUCGGGCCUGACUCGCGCGCCCGCCCGGAUAGACCGCCGCGUCGCCAUGGUCCGCAGACGUGCCAGGCGAUCCUCCCUGCUCGGGAAGCUGUUCUUCAUCUGCACGGUCCUCUUCGUCUUCUCUACGGUUUCUUAUUUCGGCCGGGAUGGCGCAGAAAAGAUCCCGGGCCCGUUCACGGACGUCAGACAGCAGCCGUUUCUCCACCGACUCCUCCUGUCCAUGCCUACCAACAGGAGCGGGGGAAACGACUCCGAGUGUACACCCCUAACUAUCCACGAGUUCCCGCCAGACCUGUUCUCCCAGAUCCAGCGGAGACAUGGCGCCAUCAUCGUGCACACGCUCGUGGUCAUCUACAUGUUUGCCGCCCUGGCUAUAGUGUGUGACGACUACUUUGUUCCCUCCCUGGAGAAGAUCAGCGAGAAUCUGGGGCUCAGCGAUGACGUUGCCGGGGCAACCUUCAUGGCCGCAGGAAGCUCGGCCCCAGAGCUCUUCACGUCAAUCAUAGGCGUGUUUAUCGCUAAGGGAGACGUCGGUUUGGGGACAAUAGUGGGUUCCGCUGUCUUCAAUAUUCUCUUCGUCAUCGGGCUGUGUGGACUAUUUGCUGGAAUAAUCGUGCCCCUGACCUGGUGGCCAUUGUUCCGGGACACUGCUGCUUACCUGGUCUCCAUCAUCACACUUAUCUUUGUCAUUCAAGACGGAAAUGUCACCUGGUACGAAUCCCUGGUGAUGCUGAUAGAGUACACUGCUUACAUCUUCUUCAUGGGGUUCAAUCCUCAAGUUGUGGCCUGGCUGCAGAGACGGAAGAUGCGUAAGCAGGGUAACGCCGUUCAGCACACGGAGGACACCAACAAGAGAAACUCUAUCCUGAUGAGUGAAAGGAGCGCCUCUGACAGUAAGACACCCUCCCCGACUCACAAACCCCUCAUGGUGGACGAGAUUAUCCAGCAGUCUCCCCGCAAACUCAACUUCCAUGACGCCGGCUUCAGGGUCAUGAUGACGCACCACUUCAAGCCGGAGACCCGGCUCAGAGCAGCCGCGAGGGUGCUGGUUCUUGAGAUGCAAGAGCAGGCCAGGAUACAGAAGCUGCGUGAACAAAAGUGUCAGCGACAGCUGCAGCAGCAGCAGCAGACGCUUCAGUACCAGGGACAGAACCCGCAUGACAGCCAGCAGACUCUGGAGGUUCUGGACGGCUUGAUUUCCGGCGGGACCUCUUCGGCGGUGUCUCGAUCGCAGUCGACCAAGUCGUCCAUUGGCGGCGAUGUUCCCGAGGUAGUGGUGACGACAACGUACGGACUGGACCCGCCCGGCGGCAUGCCCAAUGGCCUGGCCCCGCAGACCCCGAUCACAGCCCAGGACAGCGACAGCGCGACCCAGAGUCUGGCAGACGGGGACCUUCACAGUGAGGAGCUGGAACCGGGUGGCAUAUGUGACGUCCCAGACGAUCUCUCUGGGAAGUUCCGGUGGGUCGUCAUGCUGCCGUGCGCUGUCGUGUUGUUCGUCACCUGUCCUGACGUGCGCAAGCGCCGCUGGGAAAGAUGGUUCAUCGUCACCUUCCUGAUGUCCAUCUUCUGGAUCUUCAUCUUCUCCUACAUCAUGGUGUUCAUGGCUACAAUCAUCGCCUACACUCUGGGGAUCCCGGACACCAUCACGGGCAUCACGCUUCUGGCAGCAGGCACAAGUGUACCCGACGCCAUGGCCAGCCUCAUCGUCGCUCGGCAAGGUCUGGGGGACAUGGCCGUGUCCAACAGUAUUGGGAGUAACGUGUUCGACAUCUUACUGGGUCUCGGCCUGCCCUGGUUUCUCAAGACCACCAUCGUCUCCUGGGGAGGAUCGGUCGCCAUCAAUAGUCGGGGAAUGAUCUACUCCGUCGGACUGCUUUUCGGAACCGUAGUUCUCAUGAUCCUGGGCAUUCACUGUAACAAGUGGCGCCUGACCAGACCGCUGGGCAUGGCCGCCAUGAUCACGUACGCCGUGUUCCUCGUCUUCGCCGUCUGCAUCGAGUGUAACGUCUUCGUGUACGUCAACCCGCCCCUCUGUCCGGAAUAGGGCCGAGAUGGACGCUCCAUCAACACCCGAUCGUUGGAAUAUCAGCCUCUACUUAUGAUGAUACUCCUGCAACUAUAUCAAUUUCAUCAAAGUCGCCAAUACUACAAUGCACUAGCGCAGGGUCAGCUGUAUGGUGGUUUCUCUUCAUCGAUUUGACAUCCAUCGUGAACAAAUUUACCACAAAACUUUUCUCAGUUCGGUAGGUGAACUAACCCAUUUGUUCUGAAUAGAAUUGAGCUGGACGAUCCAUCAUGAUCCAAUCAUUGGACUAUCAGCCUCUACCUAUGAUAGUCCUGCUGUAACUAGCCUCUGUUAAAGCCGUUAGUAUAAUGCGCUGAUGGUCUUGGCAUUUGAUCUUGACGUGGAUCUGACAUUUACGACUGAUAGAUCUACGGCAAACCUUUUUCCCAAAUCAGACGGACCUGCCACUUUCCGUUAUGGACGUAUGAUGGAAAACUGUUUUGAACUGCAGGACAAUGGCUGCACUCACUCAUCCAAAUAGUUCUCGCUACUCUUUCUAGACCUGCUGUUAGUUGUAAUAAUAUUUAAUAGCCAAACUGUACAAAGCACAUUGCAUUGAAAUAAUCAAAACCAUAUCCACCGGCUGCCACCUGCAUUCGUGAACGUUACAAAACCAUCGCGUCCCUCUGUUGAACUUCGACACAAAUGUCCAGGAUUCUAAGUUUUCUUAGUAGUAGCCGAGAUUUCUUCCAUUUCCAUCCCUCGAGAGUGAAACAAGACCAACAGAAGCGUACAUUUCACGAACAAAAGAUCAUCGUGUCCAAACCUCCCUCGUUCCGAUUCAGCUGUAUAUCGCGCGCUCCCUUUACUCAUUUCAUCCAUUUAUCCAUUCCAUCAUGACUAAAUCAAAACUAUACGCGGAAUCAGCAUCUCCAGUCAAUCGAAGAAAAUGAUCAUAUAAAU